CGAGGUCUAGCAGACUCGCAUCCGCGUUAGCUCGGGAUAUGAAGUGGAAUAUGGAAACUAAAAACAAUAACCAAAUAGAAAUUCAGAGCAGAAUAUUCGUUUAUUUAUGAAUAUAUUUUAUGGAAUGAUCCUUUUUUACUUUGUUUUAAAUUAACUGCCUGAUCGAUUCAAGGUUAUUAAAAACAUUAAUACUGUACGUAGUGGGAGCAUCAUUACAAAACACAAGUGAAUGGUCUUUGUUUUAUUACUGGGAAGAGGACUGUGUAUAAGAAAAGACCGAUGGCGCUCUAGCAUGGGGUGCCGGCCCUGCUGCUGGAGAUGCGCGUCUCAGACGCAGAGAGCUGGCACAGUGGACGCUGUGCUUUCAGUGAAGGAGUACGUCUGGUUGUAGGAUGCUGAGUCGUAACAAGGGUGUAUCCUUUUGGAUUGGAAGUUCCUCUUAGUCUUCCCUGCCCCACCCUGCUGUAGUCCUCCCCACCUCCCCUCAGUCCUCUCCCAAUCCCCUGGUGCCCCCUCCCCGCUGCCAACAUGACUUCCACGCUGCAGACGCCGGCCUUCAAGCUCGCCCGUCUUCCAGCGAUCUCAAGCCCAGAGCGCAUCUACAGCUGUGAUGAUGAGAUCGAGCGGCGCUACGAGAUCGUCCCAUCCGUGGUCUGCUCCAUGUGCUGCCUCUUUGGCAUCAUAUACUGCUUCUUUGGCUACCGCUGCUUCAAGGCGGUGAUGUUCUUGACGGGCCUGAUGUUCGGCUCCAUCAUCAUCUUCAUGCUGUGCUACAAGGAGAGGGUGCUGGACACGCAGCUGAGCGUGGAGGCCAGCGUGGGCAUCGGCCUGGGCAUCGGCGUGCUGUGCGGCCUGGUCACCAUGCUGGUGCGCAGCGUGGGCCUCUUCAUGGUGGGCCUGCUGCUGGGCCUGCUGGUGGCGGUGGCGGCGCUGGUGGUGAUGGAGGAGUUCUACCACCCGCGCACGGUGUGGAUCCCGCUGGGCAUGCUGCUGGGCUCGGGCAUGCUGUUCGCCGUGCUGACGCUGCAGUGGCAGCGCUGCUUCACCACGCUCUCCACCGCCGUCUUCGGCUCGGCCGUCAUCACCGUCACCGUCGACUACUUCAUCGAGCUCUUCAUGCUGGUGCGCUAUGUGUACGAGCGCAUCAAGGUGGCGCCGCGCCGGCCCGUGUGCUGGUUCAGCUGGGUCAUCCUCGGCGUGUGGCCCGUCCUCACGCUGCUGGGGGUUCUGAUCCAGUGGAAGGUCACGGCUGAGGGGUACUCGCACACCGAGGUGAUCAUCAGCCGGCAGCAGCGGCGGGUGCAGCUGAUGCGCAUCCGUCAGAAGGAGGAGAGGAGGGAGAGCAGGAAGAAGAAGAAGAAGAAGCAGCAGCAGCACUACCACCCGCACCACACCCACCACCCCAAAGCCCUGCAACCGGAGCCCGCCUACCGCAGGAAGCCCAACCCCAUCCGCCGCUACGACGGGGACGUGCUCUCUCCGAGCUACAUCCAGAGUUUUCGGGACAGACAGGUGGACAGUCGGGGUUACCCCCAGGGUCGGCUGGUCGGCGGAACCCACACCAUAGUGGACCUGGACUACGACUGCGGCUCCACUGUGCCUCUGACUGCCUCUGCGGGGCCUGCUGUGCGGGUUUAAACACUGCCAUCUGCUGGCCUGGGUUGGUCUUACAAGCCACUGUGCUUUUUGAUAACUGUGUGCUUCAAAUGACAUCCCACCAGUGUUGCUUAGUCCCUCACCCCAGCUCAGGGCAUCUGGAUCACUGUCUCCCUGUGAGGCCCGGAGGAGCCAGGGCUACUUUUGCCAGCAGAAUCUCCAAAUAUGAGAAAAGCGUCAUUUACACUGAUGAAAAUAUAAAAUGUUUACGCAAAUACCCCAGCAGGACUUUCAAACAAAAAAAGUCCUUGAUUUUAAUAGGAAAUGUGUCUCCUUCCCAGCAUUAUCUCACCCCAUCUCUCGCUUUCAAAUUUUUAUGUGUCCAAUCAUAGUCGUGUACUUUCUAAUGUGGACAAAUAAUACCUGAAGAGGAUUGCACCUUUUUGACCUGCCUAAGAAUACUUCCUGUGGGGUGCAGAGGUGGACUCUAACAGCCUGAGGCUGCCAUGCCACACCUGUGUCCAGACGAGGACUGUACCAAACAAUCGGGGGAGAAGAAUGAAUUUGCAAAUCCCUGUUUGACACUGAAACCCAGCAAGAGUUUGUCUCAGGAAUUUGCCAUGCCCUGUUCACAAUGGGUGGUCAUAUUUCCCUGUUAGGAGGUUGGGAAUGAGGGACAGGUGUGUGAAUUUUUAUAGAAAUUUUUUGUGAAACAUGAUGGAGAGACCAAUAUGAAGGUGAGGGAAGAGAGUAGAGAGAAGCAUACACUCAGAGGGCUAGGUAAAAUUUUGGCUGGUAGAAGAUGUCCUUCUUUCUUUUCAUAUUAGGAUGUCAAAGAGAGGACUGUGUGUGAUUGCAUAGUCAGCGGAAGACGUACUCUGCUGGGGGAAAGAUGGGGUACAUUUUGUGUGUGUGUGUAUGUGUGUGUGUAUUCGUGGGGGGUGUAUAUGUGAAGACUGAUGUCGAGACGGAGGUUUGUGUGGGUGUGCUGACGAACGGGGUGUUGCACUGCAGAGGUUAGAAGAGAGGAUAGAAGCAGCCGUCCCCAUUCCCUCACCUGACAGACUGAAAGAGAGCAGCACUCCCUCCGAGGGUCAGCUCCAGGGAUCCCCCCAGUGAAACCCUGCAUGACUCUGUGUGUGUCCCCCCUUGUCUUUGCCUCUUUUUUUAAACUGUGUAAAGCUGAGGGCCCAUGUACCUGCCGCUGUGCUCCUAUGCAGCUGUCAGUCAUCCUUGAGAUGGCCUUCUAAAUUUCCCUGUGUAGGUUUUGUAAAGCUCUGACUUUUGUUGUACAUAAACAUUGUACUGUAUUGUAUUCUUGCUAUCGUUGUUACAUUGCCCAUUUAUUUUAAAUGCCUUUGAUUUAUAUGAUAUUUUGUGUCCCUCCGAAAGUAAAAUGUAUUUAUUUAUUUGUUUAUUUAUUUAAAUGACUGCUUAUGAUUCUUUUGCACCUUCCAUUCAUGGCCAGGCAGUUUGUUCUGGGUUUCCCUCAUUCAGCACUGCUUGCUCUCCAAUGGAGAGAGCGCUUAGGCAUGGCUCCACAUACAGCAAGAAUGGGACCAUGUAUUCUGGACAUUUUGGGAAAUCAGGAUUAUUAUUAUUAUUAUUAUUAUUAUUAUUAUUAUUAAGCAUGUCUUUAUA